GUAAAACAAACCUAUCGAAAGUCUACCAUCCCUAGCGAAAAGUGCAAAAUAAAAUAUUCUGAAAAGUUUUCUUUUUAGCAAAAAGCAAGGCAUCCACACACAAAAAGUCACAGCAUUUAUUAUACUUAAGUAGCAUUAAAAGGGAUUGAAGGUUAAGGUGACCCAAAAUCCCAGACAAGUAGAUACGGACGCCCAUUAAACAGAUUUUCCCGACGUACACUCUCAUGAAACAUACAGGGGGCACGGGCGGCUUAUUUCUUUUGCAUUUUCCUGGGCGUUCUUUGAGAUUACACCUUAGUUUCUAGGUCUAGGUUUAGUUUGCUUACUGGUAAAAGAAACACAAAUAUUACUUUCUGUAUUUUGCCUCAUUACAUUGUACUGUGUCGAAUCCAAAAACCGAAAACCACACCUUUUCCAAAUGACCAACAUCCAGAGCAUAGAAAAUGUGGUGGACUGCACGCCUCUUUACCUGCCGCACAGCUUGUACCUCAAGCCGGUGGCCAAAAUGCAAAUCUCCGUUUCGCUGCCGUCGAUCAAGUCCGGGAAAUCCGUAUCCAACCUCGAGAUAAUGGACAAACUGGGCGCCGAGCUCAAACCGGACAAGUUUCUGCUGCUCAAAGUCUCCAAGAGCACUGUGAACACCAUCCGUUUGGAAGCUGAGCUGGAUGAGCGAAAACGUCUCCGGCCUGCCAUCCAACGCCUGGACGGCAUUUCCCUUCGCAUCUCAGGCUUCAGUGAAUCGUUCCGAGUGCGUUGUACAGAGCAUAAAGAUGAGUUUCCCACACGACAUGAUUGGGAUUCCUACUUCAGAGAUGCCCGAAACAUGGACGAAAUGAAGGCGGGCGAACGGCCGGAUACAAUUCACCUAAGUCACCUGCCCAUGCGCUGGUUCUGCCCGCGGCACUCGGAGCACGAAGAGCACGUCAAGCCCAGUGAGAGCAUCUUCAAGCGAAUCUUCGAGAAGUACGGAAGGGUCCGUAUGGUGGACAUACCCAUCUGUGAUCCGUACCGAAAAAGCAUGCAGGCGGACAUCAACGGUAUGCGAACUUUCAGCUUCGAGCAGGAUGUUCUCUUUGAAGCAUAUGUACAGUUUGAGGAGUACUCCAGCUUUGUGCGUGCCAUGGACGAGUUUAGAGGCACUAAGCUGGUCCGAAAAUUUGUGGACAAAACCCAGGCCAUCAACAUUUGUGUCAACUUCGACAAGCAGAAGCAUCUCAGUGACUCACACGUGCAGCGCCGAGAACGCAUGAGAAAGAAGUGCAUCGCGAAAGCUCAAGCCGAGGACGAGGAGCGGGAAAAGCUAAAAAAGCAACAGGAAGAACAAUUGGAACGCGAAAGGCAAAAACAAGAAGAGUUGAAAAUUUCGGAAGCGGAAAAGCAGCGUGAACGCGAAGAAAAGCGGAAAGAAAAGCAUCUAAAAAAGAUACAGGAACGCGGCCAGGUGGAAAUCUCGCAAAAAAUUCGCAUCGAGGAGCGGAAGCUGAUGAUAGCACAACGCAAGCUGGAAAGCAUUCGCACUCUAGAAAAGCUAUUCGAGCGGAUACAGAUGAAGCAAAAGGACAAAAACCGACGGGCCAAACAAGAUGAAGUCAAAGAUAUCCAACGGGGGCGUCUCGUGGAAAAGUACAAGGCUGCUACGGAAAAGCUCGUCUGUGAUCAGCGCAAAAUCGUCCAGGACAUCAAGAGCAAUACUCCACUAAUGGGUCUUCUGAAGAGCAAAUCCAAAAAUAGCACCGCGCCUACGGAUGCAAGCAGCGAUGACGAUGGGAUGGCGAGUAAAAGACACAAGAUGGGCAAUGGCUUAGCGGACUCCACAGCAGCGAAAUCCGGGGACGGCAACUCAACAUUAAACCCGUUAAAAGCGGUGGCCGCAAUGGCUGCUGGCGCUGUGCCUGGAGCAGGUCCCUACAGUGCCGAGGCGGCCAGCGAAUGGAUGCAGUCCCUCUCGAUGUUCGGAUACGGCCUGCCAGGAGUAUUUCCCGGAGCAUUGUAUCGUCCGCCCGCUCCGUUCCCCGUCUCCAGCAAUUAUCGUGGUUUUGCUCCCCGUCCCCGCGGUCGAGGAAGAGGUCGUGGCAUAGGGAUAAGGGGCAGUCGUUCCGGAUAUGACUCCUAUUACAAUUCUAAGCAUGAUCGCUAUGAUGACGAGGGCGAUAAUAGUUACUACCACAAGUCAUCGCGUGGGAGAAAUCGCUCGCGCUCCUCAUCUUCGUAUUCGAGAAGUCGAAGUCGAUCCCGGGGACGCCGUAUUGUUUGUCGUUCCAGGCGCUCAAAGUCACGCAGCCGCUCCCAUUAUCGAAAAUCAUCCUACUCAUCAAGAUCCAGGCGCAGCCACAGCAGAUCGUCGCGCAGCCGCAGUAAGACGCCAUCCCAGCGCAGGAAUCGCAAGUUGGCAUCCACGCGCCGAUCCCGAUCCACCAGCUAUUCUCGGUCGCGUUCCCAUUCCCGCAGGCGUUCCAGUUCGCGCCGCGAUCACAGGAGCCGUCAUCGCAGCAGUCGUAGUCGCAGCAAAAGUCGCAGCCACACACCAAAAGACGUGAAACUGGAAACGGACAAGUUGGUGGCCUCCGCCGAGAAAAUACAGCGCACCAUCGAACAGCAUACCAAGGAUCGGAUGCGGGAGGAGGAGCGCGAAAUCAAAGAGAACUUCAGACACCCACGCACCAACAGCAAUAACAGCAACCACAUGGACGCCCAGCCGGAAGAGGAGACCGUUGAGAGACGUGGCAGCAUCAGCAAGCGCAGCAGUCGCCGCAAUUCACUGACUGCCUGAAACAUAUUAAUUAGUUUAGCUGUUAGUUAAAGUUCCGUAAAUAAAAAUAUCAAAGUUGUUCCAGAAGAA